GCGACCUCCGUGCCAGUACUCUGUCGUUCCCUCAAAAACAUCCAUAAUUCUCUCUAUAAAAGUUGUUAUAAGUUGCUGCCAUCUAUAACAGUACAGCAAAGGCAAGAUAGGACAGUCAACACAACAGUGGAUUAUUCCCAUCAGGGUAUGCCUCCUCCUGCACAAUAUGGAGGAAGACAUACAGUUACUCUUAUACCUGGAGAUGGUAUAGGACCUGAGUUAAUGGUUCACAUCAAAGAUAUAUUCAGAACAACAGGUGUACCGGUAGAUUUUGAAGAAGUAUGUUUAUCAUCUGAUUUAGGCAGUGAUGAUAUUGACUAUGUUAUCACAGCAGUUAAAAGAAAUGGUGUUGGUCUAAAAGGGAAUGUACCAACUAAUCAUGAUGAACCUCAUAUUGGAAAACCCAAGAAUGUUAAAAUUAGAACUGAACUUGAUUUAUUUGCAAGUGUGCUGCAAUGUAAAAGUAUACCAGGCGUCAAAACAAAACAUCAAGAUAUUGACAUUGUUAUCAUACGAGAAAACACUGAAGGAGAGUACUCCUCUCUAGAGCAUGAAAAUGUGAAGGGUGUAGUAGAAAGUUUAAAGAUCAUUACAGCAAAGAAAUCAAAUAGAAUAGCAAGAUAUGCCUUUGAAUAUGCAAGAGCACAUAAUAGGAAGAAAGUAACUGCUGUUCAUAAAGCUAACAUAAUGAAACUUGGAGAUGGCUUGUUUCUACGGUGCUGUCGUGAAGUUUCACAAGACUAUCCAGAUAUUGAGUUUAGUGAUAUGAUCAUUGAUAACUGCAGUAUGCAAAUGGUGUCAAGACCUCAACAGUUUGAUGUAAUGGUUAUGCCAAAUUUAUAUGGGAACAUUCUUAGUAACAUUGGUGCUGGUCUGGUUGGUGGUCCUGGUGUUGUGCCUGGCUGUAACAUUGGCUCUGAUUAUGCUGUCUUUGAAUCGGGCACAAGAAAUACUGGUGCUAGUAUAGCUGGUAAGAAUAUUGCCAAUCCUACUGCCAUGUUGUUGGCUAGUACCUUGAUGUUAGAACAUUUAAAUCUACAUGAUUAUGCUAAAACUAUAAGUGAUGCAAUCUGGAAAACUAUAUCACAAGAUAAGAUUCACACUCCAGAUCUUGGUGGUAUGGCUACUACAACAGAUGUGGUACACAACAUCAUGAAAGAAAUACAGAAAACUAUUGGUGCUGCAGCCAUAUAAGAAUGCAUACACCGAUGUGAGAUACAUUAGGGGUUAAAUCAUUCAUAAAGAUAGUAAGUUUAUUCUUGCCCUUUACUCUUGGACAUGAAUGUCAUUGUUAGGCUCAAAGCAAAUGUGCUCACAUUUUCAUUUGUUUUUUUUCACGGUUUUAAGGUAGUGGGACUAUUAUUUGCAUACUUGUUUUCAUCUUCUAAUUGGGACCAAACGACUACAAAUAGACCCAGGAAAGUAUAUAUUUUUGGAAUCGCCAGACAUCAAGCUUUUCAAAGGUGUAUCUGCAUUCUACGGUGCGUUACUUUAUCAAAAGUGAAAAAUUACUUUUUUUGUAAAAAAAAUAAUUAUGCAUUUAUGCUGGUGAUAAGAAGUUUUGUUUUCACUUUUCUUAGUUGUUCAGUAGUCUGGUAAAUUGAAUGUGUCUGGUCAGUUUUAUUCAAGUAACGCAUUUUGAAAAGUAGUGUCCUGAAUUUUAAUU